AUGGUGUUGAUCAAGAAUACUUCUUUCGGGAACGACCCAGCUCAGAGAAUAUGGACGGAUGGAAGUAUUGAUCCGAAACGUCUCUAUACUGAACCCAUUCUCGUGGGAGAUGCCAUCAGAGCCUCAACGAUGGGUACCGUUGUCCUUUCCAAAUCCAAUAAAUGGAAUGUGGGGGAUGAUGUAUACGGUGAUGGUGAUUGGGCGGAAUAUUCUGUAGUAGAAGAUUCAGGCCUGUUGACAGGUGAAGAAAUUGAUAUCGAAGGACAAUCACCGUACAUACCCAACUCGAUUCUCGGCUUGACAAGUCAAACGGCCUGGGUGGGAGCAUUCAAAGAGAUGGAAUUGAUACCUGAACAUGUACUUGUCGUAUCUGGUGCAGCAGGUGCCGUGGGAUCUACUUUGAUCCAAAUCGCAAAGAAGGUGAUCGGCGUUAGGACAGUUAUAGGUAUAGCAGGUGGGAAAGAUAAAUGUGAAUGGGUCAAAUCGAUCGGUGCAGAUGAUUGUGUAGAUUACAAGGGCCCCAAGUACCCUGAACACCUCAAGAAACUCUUACCGGAUUACGCUGAUCGGUUUUUCGAUAAUGUCGGUGGAGAAAUUCUGGAUAACAUGUUAACUUUGAUGAAGGAAUAUGGUUUGGUUUCGAUCUGCGGGGCUAUUGCUGGCUAUAACGAUGGAGGAAUGACAUUGAAACGUGGGGGUGAAUUGAUUUACAAUAGAUUCACGAUCAAAGGAAUGUUAAUAUUCGACCAUGCCGCCGUCCUCAAUCAAGCUGUAUCGGAACUAGCCCAAUGGAUAAGGGACGGUACGAUCAGUAAUACAGAGAGCGAGUCUGUCAUCGAAGGUGAAUUCGAGGAUAUCCCAGAGAUUUAUGAUAAGUUGUUUAGUGGUGGGAAUAAAGGUAAACUCAUUACCAAGUUGGUUUCAGCUCGAGCAUGA